AUGAGCGCCGAGUCUGAAUCGGGCGAGAUGACGACGAUCCGUCCGCUGCUCAGGCCGCUCGUCGUGAUCUGCGGCACGACCGGCGUCGGCAAGUCCAAGCUCGCCGUCGAGCUCGCCCGCGCCCUCCGAUCGUCCUCGUCAUCACCGUCGAAUGCGCGGUGGAGAGGCGCGCGCGUGGUGAAUGCGGACGCGAUGCAGGUCUACCACGGCAUGGACGUCAUCACGAACAAGCUGCCCCUGCACGAGCGCGAGGGCGUCGAGCACGCGCUCAUGGACUUCAAGCCGCCCGGCGAGCAGUACGUCGUCGGCGAGUGGGUGCGGGACGCGAUCCAGGCUAUAGACGAGACGCACGCGCGGGGGGAGGUGCCCAUCGUCGUGGGCGGCACGGCGUACUGGAUCCAGCACCUCCUCUUCCCCGAACGCCUCGUCUCGCGCUCGCCCCGGCCCGAUCGCCCCGGCCCGCCGACGGAACCGUCCCCGGCGCUCGCCGCGUCCCUCGCGUCCCUCCCGCCCGAGCUGCGCGAGCUCUUCCACGACCUGCCGGAACAGGCCCCGUCGGCGGCGGACGACCCGGACGGCGCGCUGCGGCUCCACCGCCUCCUCUCCGCGCUCGACCCGCCCGUGGCGCGCCGAUGGCACUGGCGCGACGCGCGCAAGGUGCUCCGGAGCCUCGCGAUCGUUAAGGAGGGCGGGCGCGCCGUCAGCGAGGUGCUGAAGGAGCAGUCCGCGUCCGUUUCUAGACCCAGGUAUCCGACCCUGUUGUUCUGGUUGUACGCCGAGCCCGGCGUGCUCAAGCCCCGCCUCGACGCGCGCGUCGACGAGAUGAUCAAGCUCGGCCUUCUGGACGAAGUCCGCGCGCUCCGCUCUAGGCCGACCGAGGGGGAGACGAUGGAUUACACGCUCGGGAUCUACCAGUCUAUCGGCUUUCGCGAGUUCGACGCUUACCUCUCUUCUAUCGCCUCCACCACCACCACCUCUUCUUCUUCUCAGGAGCAGGCGCAGGAGGAGACGGAGAUGGAAGAGCGGGAAAGAGAACAUGCAAGGGAAAGAGAACGGGCGUUCGCGCAGGCGACGGACGCGAUGAAGAUCUCGACGCGGCAGUACGCGAAGCGCCAGGUGUCGUGGAUACGCAAUAAGCUCUUGCCCGCCAUCGCGGCGUCGAACGCUGCCGCUGCCGCCGCCGCCGAGGGAGAAGAAGCGCCGAGGACGCGCGCGUAUCUGUUGGACGCGACAGAACUGGGGGAGCGUUGGGAGCGGAACGUGAGCGGCCGCGCGAGCGAGAUACUGCAAGCGUUUCUUGACGGCCGGCCGUUGCCCGACCCGACGUCGCUCUCGGACGCCGCUCGCGCGAUGCUAGGCGCUCAGUAUCAGAAAACCACCGAUCCGACGGCGGUGCUCGAGGCGAGGCGGAAGCGCGUGUGCGAGGUGUGCACGCCGGCCCCGGAUCGGCCGGUGAUGAUCGAGGAGGGGGACGAGUGGGAGACGCACAAGAGGACGAGGGCGCAUCGGAGGAGGGCGGCGAAGCUCGAGAGGGAACGGGGAGGAAUCGGGAGGAAUCGAGAGAGGGGGGAAGGGGAGCGCGUGAAGGAGGUGGAAGAGAUGGAGAGUAGCGGAGAAGGAGGAUUGGAGGACGCGCAGAGGAUGUUUGGGGUAUGA